AUGGCGACCGAGUAUUUUGCCAAUGCGACACGCGAAGUGGUCAAGACAAUUGCAGAGAAAGGCCAAGUGCUUGGCAAGAUGCUGGAUACCUCACGCGUGAAGCUCCACAGUGCUCAGGAGAUUGCGCACACGUCGGUAUUUGCACAGACACCGCUGCUGGAUGAACUGAAUCACGUGUUUGAACGGCUCCAGAGCAGUGCAGUGGACCCAUCCAUGGUCGGCGGCGAGCAGGACAAGACGCUGUUUGACUUUGUCGAUGCGGAGACGGUCCAGUCGCUGCAGCAAGAUGCUCUUGAGCAGGCCAAAGAACUGGAAGAACUGCUGGCAGCCCACGAACACGCUAUUACGAGAAUCACGGCCAUUUACAAAUUCUUUCGAACGUUUGAUGACGCUUAUGGAAGUGACACGAACGCGCUGGUGGGAGAGCAGCAAUGUGAUGUCAUGAUCACCGAUGACAAGGUUGGACCUGUUGAAAAGCUUUAUGAUGCAGCCGUCAACUUCUUCGUCGACAUGGAGCAGUGCGACCGGUUCUUGCUGCAGUACUUCACCACAAUCAAUGAUAUCUAUCCAUACUACGAGGUGAUCUUCGCCGAAGCGCAGCUCCUUUUCGACGAGCUGCGUAGCCUUCGAGACUUCUACCUUCAGUUUCUGGCAUCUUACCAGUCUGUCAGUGCUGAACUGCUCCGACGUAAGCUGUACGACUCCAAAGUUUCUCAACUUGUUGAAGAGACAACGACGAAGCUUGCAGCUCUAGCACAACAUGAGCUCGCCAUGCGCAAUGUGUUUUGCGAGGAGCACGCGCGUUUCCUGCCAUCUACACUGUGCCCUCAAAUUCAGAACGCGCCUGGCAUAUUCGUCAUUGUGCAUACAGACGGCACGAGCGCGGCAAGUGAAAAGGCACAAUGA